UAGACCCCAAGUGUUGGAUUGGGAUGAUGGACAGGACAUCCUUAACCUUAUCUUACCAAAACCAAAAGUUUCAACUUCUUCUCACAACAACAAAUAGUCAUUUUUUUUGUAUGUUAUUCUUAUUCAAAUUUCAAACCCCAUUAACUUAAUUAUGUUAACUCAUUUGGGAAAUUGGAUUUCAAGUCCAACAACAACCCCUUUGUUAGUGCCCUGUGUUUUUUCAGGUAGAGCCAUAGCCAUAGCCAGUGGCACUAGUAGUAUUAAUACAAAGUUUAGAGAAGUAAUAAAUAGUACUAAGCUUUAUGCUUCUGCCAGAAGAAGAGUACAGAGAUUUAAUGAAGAUGAUGAUGAUGAUGAAGAAGAAGAAGAAUAUGGUUAUCAUGAAGAAAUUGCAAUGUUGGAAUUGUAUAGUCAAAAUGUUAGAGAUGAAGCACUUCUUCUACAAAUUUUGCUCGAUGGCCAAGAAAUCCAAAUCCUUAUCUUUAAGGGAUUCUCUUCAUGCUUAAGCUACAGUACAUCAGCAGACCCAUCAAAGAGCAUAGUUCCAGCCAGAGCUGUGAUAAAGUCCAUAGACAGAAUUAAAGGUCCUUUUGACCCAUCUAAUAUUCACUACAUUCAAAAAGCCCUAUCAUGGCAACAAUUUAAGACCACUCUCCUAUCCAAAUAUCAAAAUACCUAACUCUACAAAAUUAAUUACUCUUUUUUAUUCAUUUAAUAUCACUUCACAUCUACAUUCUUACUCUCCCACCAAAUUCUAUUAUUGCCUUGUGUUGUGCCCAUUAUGAGGAAAUAUUCAAACAAGAAGAAAAAAUGUUAUAAAAUUUGUGGAAAGAGUAGAAUGUUAGGUUACUUAGGUUAAUUAGUGACCCAACUCUAUGUAUUGUGAUUGCUAGGUAAGAGACUAAUAAUAUACUACUCCUAGUAAAUUAGGACCUUGAAGCUAUUAAGCUAUUAAAUGAUUGUAAAAUACCAUUACGCUACACUCAAAAAAAAAGAUCAACUAUGUAA